ACAGGGUCCUGACACACUGUGAGACCCCAUACACCCCUGACAGGGUCCUGAUACACUGUGGGACCCCACACACCCCUGACAGGAUCCUGACACACUGUGAGACCCCACACACCCCUGACAGGGUCCUGACACACUGUGCUCUCCCCAUACAUCCCUGGCAGAGGCCGGACACAGUGCAGAACCCCACACACCCCGACAGGUUUCGAACACAGUUUGAGAUCCCACGCACCCACAGUUCAUGUUCUGAUCAGCAAAUCUGCUGCUUUGUAUUUUGAUUCAGUGAUGGUGGGAGGGGAGGGUGAGCUGUGAUUCCCCGACCUGUUCCUUUGACAGAAUGCCCAACACCUUCUUCUCUAUCUCCAUACGCCACAUCAACACAAGGGAUUAAAAGAUACUUCCUCAGGAGCAAAGAUAUCUGUGGCAGUAGUGAGAUGUUGUCCAGUACGGGACAGUUGGGGGUCAGUAAACUACCAGGGAAAUACUCACCUUCACAGCACAGUUAAUGUGGAAAUGUGAUGAUCUGGUGUUUAUCUGGAACAGGCCUCUCUGUCCAGUCAGAGGUCUGUUAAUCAAAUUUACUUUACUGUACGAACAACCAUUGAUGAAUCCAUCAAUGCAACAGCUCUGAGCUAACUCUUGUGUGCUUAAAUACUGAGUUCUGAGCUGAGGCAUCUAACAGUUUGUCCACUGUCUGUCCCCAUGGAAGGUGUUCAACAGAAACACAAGGAGACUCUGUGGGAACAAACUGAAACACUGAGAGUGAACACAAUCCUGAUGAGGGAGAAGGUGAAGGUUUUCCAGCUGGUUGAUCGAUACGCUGAGCUCACGGUCAUUUCUACUGUUCGAGAUCGGACACUGGUGGAACAUGAGCUGCUGGCAAGAGGCAGAGACCACGAGGAGUGGAGAGAAAAACAUCUCUGCGGAGAGCUGGAGAAACUCCAGAUGGAUCAGUUGUUCCAGAGCAGCUUUUCCCAAACUAACUCCAAAUCUGGGAGUUCGGCAGCAGUGGCUGGAGUCCCAGGGAUCGGGAAAACAACAAUGGUACAAAAGAUUGUUUACGACUGGGCCACGGGGAAAAUAUACCAACAGUUCCAGUUUGUCUUCAGUUUCAAAUUCCGCGAUUUAAACACCAUUAACUGUAGAAUAAACCUGAAGGAACUGAUUCUGGAUCAGUAUCCUUACUUUGGGAAUAUCCUGAGAGAGGUCUGGAAGAACCCGGAGGGAUUGCUGUUUAUAUUUGAUGGUUUGGAUGAAUUCAAUGACCAAAUUAAUUUUUCUGACAGUCGGAGAGACACGGAAACUCGGUACACAUGCACAGAUCCUGAAUACAAGUGCAAGGUGUCUGACAUUGUGUACAGUUUAAUCCAGCACAAGCUGCUCCCAGGGUGUUCAGUGCUGGUGACCACCCGCCCCACUGCGUUACAUUUAUUGGAAAAGGCGGAUAUCAGUGUCUGGGCUGAAAUCCUGGGAUUUGUUGGUGAGGAACGGAAGGAAUAUUUCAUCAGACAUUUUGAAGAUCAGACGGUGGCGGCAGCUGUUUUCAAACACGUGAAGGAGAACGAGAUCCUGUACACCAUGAGCUACAACCCCUCCUACUGCUGGAUCCUCGCUCUGGCACUGGGCCCCUUCUUCACACAAAGCGUCAGGGACCCACAGCGAGUUCCCAAGACCAUCACCCAACUGUACUCCUACUAUAUUUACAACAUCCUGAAAAACCACGGCCGUGAGAUUGAGAACCCACGUGAUGUGUUACUCAGGGUUGGUCGGAUGGCCUUCAAAGGAGUGUCCAAGAGGAAGAUUGUGUUUACAGAUGGAGAUUUGAUCAACUACAAUCUGCAGCCUUCCCAGUUCCUGUCCGGGUUCCUGAUGGAGCUUUUGGAGAGAGAGGAUUCUGCCCGAAGCGUGGUGUACACAUUCCCACACCUCACCAUCCAAGAGUUUGUAGCUGCACUCGCACAAUUCCUGAAUCCACAUCCCGGAGAUAUCCUGAAAUUCCUCACUGAAGUCCACAGCACGACAGAUGGGCGAUUUGAGGUAUUUCUCCGUUUUGUUGCUGGUCUCUCCUCCCCAAUGACAGCUCGGGGCCUGGAGGAGUUUCUGGGUCCAUUUUCUCAUCAAACAACCUGCCGGGUGAUUGACUGGAUGAUGGAGGAGGUUAAACGCCAGAGUGGAAACACAUGGAGUGAAGCUGGUAAAAGGAGCCUCCUGAACACAUUGCACUACCUGUUUGAGAAUCGUGGACUGGCUCAGACCGCACUGGGCUCUGUGGAAAGGUUUUCACUCAGUGGAAUGACACUGACCCCGAUUGACUGCGCGGUCCUGUCUCAUGUCAUCGGACUCUGUGAUACAAUAAAACAGCUCGACCUGGAGAACUGCCACAUUCAGUAUGAGGGAAUACAGCGGCUGGGACCCGGGCUGCACAAGUGCCAGGAGUUGAGACUUGGGGAGAAUAAGCUGGGAGAUUCGGGAGUGAAACUGGUGUCUGAGUCUCUGAGGAACCCGGAGUGUAAAAUACAGAAACUGAGGCUGAGGAGUGUCGGUCUCACAGAUUCUGGUGCCGAGAAUCUCGUCUCCGCUCUUAGUACAAAACCAUCACUGAAGGAGCUGAACCUCGUAUCAAACUCACUCACAGACCAAUCUAUCCCCGCUCUCCGCCGCCUCGUUCUGACACUUCCAAAUCUGACGGGCAUCUGGCUGGGGCGGAAUCGAUUCAGCGAGACCGGGGAGAAAGAACUGAGAUCACUGCAGGAACCCAGACCCCGACUGGGAGUGAUGCUGUGAACAACCCAGCUCGAAGGAUGUGGACAUUCCACGGCCUCACCUUUAACGGCUGUCCUCCCCUUUAAUGACCGCGCUUUAGGUUUAACUCCCAACGGUGCUAAGAGAUCCCGGCCCAGCCGAGCGCUCUCUGACGUCAGAGGUGAUCCCUUAGCCACGUGUCUACGUCUCCUGUCCAGAACUUCUGGCCGCCGAAUGUCCGUGUGCAGGUUAUCCAGGGGGAUUCUGAGGAAUUACACAGACAGGAAGAACCCAGGGCGGGGCUCAGUCUGCGACACCAGUGUCCCGGGGUGAGAUUAUCCGGCCGAGAGAAUCACUUUGCUCACUGCGCUGACCCCCAUGGCGGCGUGGUCGAUGAAAUGAUGUUAAAUUGGCAAAGACCUCGUUUGCGACGCUGAGUCGGCAGCGAGUUCGGACACUCGGACGCUGACCGGAUGUGAGAUUUUUUUAAUCAUCGGUUCCCACGGGCAGGGUGACGGUGAGAAACGGGACUAAUUAUUCAACCUGUCACUGGUUGUCGACAAUCUGUGAAUUUUGUGUGACUGUGAGUGAGUCGUGAGCAGCUUAUAUAUUUCCGCAUUUUUUCAGGUCACAGAAUGUUUAGUUUGUAUUUGUGGUGAUGAAUCAAUAAACUGCUGUAACAUUC